AUGUCCAAACUCAUCGUCGUGGUUGGCGCCACGGGCACACAAGGCGGGUCAGUCGUCGACACAUUCCUCGCCGAGCCACGCUGGAAAGUCCGGGCCCUCACACGCAACGCAAACAGCGCCUCUGCGGAGAAACUCAGAGCCAAGGGCGUGCACGAGGUAGUGACGGCGUCGCUAGACGACAUCUCCUCCCUCGUCCGGGCAUUCAAGGGCGCGCACGCCAUCUUCUCGGUGACAGAUUUCUGGGGCCCGUAUUACGACCCUGCGACGACGCCAAAGGCAACCGCCGCCGGCCAGCCAAAGAAUGUAUGGGCGGGCCAGAACGAGGAGCGGCAGGGCAAGAACGUCUUCGACGCGGCUGCGCAGACGGAAGGCCUUGAACGCUUGAUAUUCUCCGGCCUGUCCAACGCCACAAAGUGGUCGGGCGGAAAAUAUACCCACGUGUACCACUUUGACAGCAAGGCCCGCGCAGCCGAAUACGGACAGGCCACGUACCCCGACCUGUGGAAGAAGACGAACAUCAUCCAAGUCGGCUUCUACCUGUCCAACAUCCUCACGUUUCCGUUCAUGCGGCCGCAAAAGGGCGCCGACGGGGUGUACAACUUCUCAUUCAGCGGGGCGACGGACACCAAGUUGCCACUGACCGCGGCGGAAGAAGACACAGGCGCAUUCACGCGCGCCCUCGUCGUCUCGCCCUCGGCGGGCAAAAACCUCAUCGCAUACCGCGCGUGGAUGCCGAUGGACGAGUUUGUCGCCAUCGUCUCCCAAACGCUGGGCGUCAAGGCGGGAAUCAAGGCCAUGUCACCCGGUGGUGGCGCGUGGGGUGACAUCCCCGAAGACCUGCGCGAAGAGUUGACGGACAACGCCAGCUAUUUCGCAGACUUUGGAUACGAAGGCCGCGACGACCCGUCGCCAGUGCAUCCCAAGGAUCUUGACGUUCAGGUGAGGCUGCCUUCUGUGGAGGAAUGGAUCAAGAAGCAGGAUUGGAGCGCCAUCUUCAAUUGA